UCUGAAAUUUUCCGACUCUACUCACAUCGUUAGACUGACGUCUCGACUAAUUUUAUUUUUUGUCAUAUCCCUCAAGGACAAAUGACUGCAUUUUGCUAGGAAAUUGAAAGUUGAUAGAUCAUUUUGUAACAGACAUGAAUCGACUCAGUUUUGUAUGCUGAUUUCAAAAAUAUCAUUUAUUUUAAUAGAAAGCCUUACUAUUAACGCCCAUCUAAUUGAAUUCUCCGUUCUUUCUUUUCUUGGACAGAACGUUUCAUAAAUUGUAUGGAUUUUAACUCAAUCAUUUUUUUCUGCUACAGAUCAGCUCAACUUAUUGCUCAGUAUCGUCCUCGAGCAGUUAUUAUGGCCGUAACACGAUCUUUAAAAACAGCUCGACACAUGCAUUUACAUCGUGGUUGUUGUCCGGUUUAUGUUGCCCCUACUCGAAAUACAAAUUAUGAAAAAGAAGGAGAACCUCUAUUCAAACAACAUCAUAUAUCAGCAAAUCAAGCAUUAUCUAUGAGUGAGUGGUUACUUGAUGUUGAUGCUCGUGUUAUAGAUGCCAUAAAACUUGGUAAAGCACGUGGUAUUGUUUCAACUGGUGAUGCAGUUAUUGUUCUAACGGGAUGGCGUCCUGGUUAUGGAACUACAAACACAUUACGUAUCAUCUAUUCAGAUUAA